ACGUCAGGGCUGGACCUGGAUUUCCGUGGGAGAACCGGAAGUGCUGGAUCCCGGACUGUCUGAGACCAGCUGAUCCAGAACCAGAACCAGGACCAGACCAGAACCAGAACAGAACCAGGACCGAGACCUCCGAGGGAAAGAGGAACCGCUGGACCAGGAACUGGACCAGGAACCGGACCAGAACCAUGUGGAAGGCAGCGGCGGGUCAGAACAUCAACGUGGCCGUAGACCAGGGGGGGGACGACUGGGAGACCGACCCGGACUUUGAGAAUGACGUGUCGGAGAAGGAGCAGCGCUGGGGGGCCAAGACGGUGGCGGGUUCUGGACACCAGGAGCACAUCGACAUCCACCGGCUGCGGGAGACGGUUUCCACCGAGCACACCAGCCUGAAGCAGAAGGAGCUGGACCACAUGCCCCAGGCCUCGCACGGGUACGGGGGCAAGUUCGGCCUGCAGCAGGACCGCAUGGACAAGUCGGCCGUGGGCCACGACUACCAGAGCCAGCUGUCCAAGCACUGCUCCCAGACCGACACGUCCAAGGGCUUCGGGGGAAAGUUCGGCCUGCAGGCGGACCGGGUGGACCAGUCGGCCGUCGGCUUCGAGUACGUGGGGAAGACGGAGAAACACGCCUCGCAGAAAGACUACUCCACCGGGUUCGGCGGCCGCUACGGCGUCCAGGCGGACCGGGUCGACCAGAGCGCCGUGGGCUUCGACUACCAGGGCAAGACGGAGAAACACGAGUCGCAGAAAGACUACGCCAAGGGCUUCGGGGGGAAGUUCGGCGUGGAGGCCGACCGGGUGGACCAGAGCGCCGUGGGGUUCGAGUACCAGGGGAAGACGGACAAGCACGAGUCCCAGAAAGACUACGUGAAAGGCUUCGGGGGGAAGUUCGGGGUCCAGACGGACCGGCAGGACAAGUCGGCGCUGGGCUGGGACCACCAGGAGAAACUGCAGCUGCACGAGUCCCAGAAAGAUUACUCUAAAGGCUUUGGAGGAAAGUUCGGGGUCCAGAACGACCGGAUGGACAAGAGCGCCGGCACCUUCGAGGACGUGGCCAAGCCGACCUCGUCCUACCAGAAGACCAAACCGGUGGAAGCUGCCGGCAGCAGCACCGGCAGCAUCAAGGCCCGGUUCGAGAACAUCGCCCGGCAGAAGGAGGAGGAGGACCGGCAGCGGGCCGAGGAGGAGCGGGAACGCCGCCGGGCCACGGAGAAGCAGGAGCAGGAGGAGGCCCGGAGGACCCAGGAGGCCCAGGAGACCCAGGAGGCCCAGGAGACCCCCCCGGCCCGGAGGACUCAGGACACCCCCCAGGUCCAGGUCCAGGCCCCCCCGGCCCCCAAAGCCCCCACGACUCCCAGCCCGGCCCCCCCGGUCCCGGUCCAGGUCCCGGUCCCGGUCCAGCCCGCCGCCGCACCGCUCUAUCAGGAGGUGGAGGACGUCACCUACGACGCCCCUGAGAACGGAGGGUCCGUGUACGAGGUGGAGAAUCCUCCGGACCAGGAUCUGUACCAGAACCCCGAGGAGCCCGAAGCAACCGAAGUGCAGCAGUACGAGUACGGAGAGGACCUGGGGGUGACGGCGGUGGCGCUGUACGACUACCAAGCAGCCGGCGAUGACGAGAUCUCCUUCGACCCCGAUGACAUCAUCACCAACAUCGAGAUGAUUGACGAGGGCUGGUGGCGCGGCGUCUGCCGCGGCGCCUACGGCCUGUUCCCCGCCAACUACGUGGAGGUCCGGCAGUAGGGGCGGGGCCUGAUGGUAACCCCGCCCCUCCUAUAAGACCCCGCCCAUUUCCCUCCCAGGCCCCGCCUCCUCGAUUCCAUGACCCAAACAUCCUUCCCAUGAUGCAUCAUUCCCCCCCAACUGCAGUUCAACAACCAAGUCACCAAAGACUGAAAUCGUAGCUCGACUAGUAGAAGAAGAAGAAGAAAAGGUCAACUCUGGAUGAUCCUACCAACCUGACCCUUGACUUACUUCCUUCCUUCCUUCCUUCCUUCCUUCCUUCCUUCCUUCCUUCCUUCCUUCCUUCCUUCCUUCCUUCCUUCCUUCCUUCCUUCCUUCCUUCCUUCCUUCCUCCCUCCCUCCCUCCAUCCCUCCCUCCUUUAUCAACUGACUGCCUCAUGUUUUUCUUAAAGUUGGGGAACAUGUUGGUUUUUCUACACUAAAUCAGUCUGGGGGGUCCAGGAUCUGGGGGGGAACAGGUCCUGGUCCAGGUCCAGGACCAGGUCCAGGUCCAGGUCCAGGUCCAGGACCAGGUCCAGGACUUCAUCUCCAUGGAGGAACCACAAGGGAAACUGGUUUUCAGCCGACGGUCAUUGAUCAGAAUCGUGACAGAAAUCCAGACGAUCUGGAGCUGAAUUUGUUCCCGUCGCCGUUUUUCUGGAUCUUUAUUUUUUUUGAGUCUGUGUGAUGCUCGGUGACGGCGGCGGCUCGAUCCUCCACCUGCCGCUAGCGGCGGCUCGACCCCCCCCCCCCCGACCCGCCGCUAGCGGCGGCUCGACCUGCCGCUAGCGGCGGCUCGACCCGCCGCUAGCGGCGGCGGUUCGAUCCCCCGACCUGCCGCUAGCGGCGGCUCGACCUGCCGCUAGCGGCGGCUCGACCUGCCGCUAGCGGCGGCGGUUCGAUCCCCCGACCUGCCGCUAGCGGCGGCUCGACCUGCCGCUAGCGGCGGCUCGACCUGCCGCUAGCGGCGGUGGUUCGAUCCCCCGACCUGCCGCUAGUGGCGGCGCCGUAGCUUGAACAGCUUGUGCUGGAGUCUCGAGGACUUUCACUAAUCCAUCGCUGGGGUUUUAUAAUAAAAGUGACCUUUUCAGAUUAUUAUUUUUAUCUGUACUGCUGUUUUCGCUUUAGUUGCAUCAUUACCUGCUUUUUUUUUAAGUUUCAAUAAAUAAAGUAUGAAUUAUCAAAA